CAAGAGCAGACGUAGCAGGGAUUUGUUGUUCUUCGGAUCUGUUCAGAGGUAGAAAAAGUAUACGCUAACACACUGAGAGCGGAAAUGGCGCAGCAAGAAAUACUCAGCUGUUCGAUCUGUCUGGAGUUACUGAAGGAACCGGUGACUAUUCCCUGUGGACACAACUACUGCAUGAAGUGUAUUCAACGCCACUGGAAUGAGAAGCUAAUCUACAGCUGCCCUGUGUGUAGACAGGACUUUAUGCCAAGGCCUGUCCUGGUGAAAAACACCAUGCUAGCAGAUUUAGUGGAGGAGCUGAAGAAGACUGGACUCCAAGCUGCUCCUGCUGAUCACUGCUAUGCUGGACCUGAAGAUGUGGGAUGUGAUUUCUGCACUGGGAGAAAACUGAGAGCCUUGAAGUCCUGUCUGCAGUGUGUGGCCUCCUACUGUGAGAAACACCUCCAGCCUCACUAUGAAUCAGCUCCAUUCAAGAAACACAAGCUGGUGGAGCCCUCCAAGAAGCUCCAGGAGAACAUGUGCUCACAUCACGACGAGGUGAUGAAGAUGUUCUGCCGCACUGAUCAGCAGUGUAUCUGUUUAAUCUGCACUAUGGAGGAACAUAAAGGCCACAACACAGUGUCAGCUGCAGUAGAGAGGACUGAGAGGCAGAAAGUGCUCGAUGAGGGUCGAAUAAACAUCCUGCAGGGAAUCCAGGACAGACAGAAAGAUGUGAAGCUGCUUAAACAGGAAGCUGAGGCCAUCGAUCGCUCUGCUGAUAAAGCAGUGGAGGACAGUGAGAAGAUGUUCACUGAGCUGAUCCGUCUCCUGGAGGAAAGAAGCUCUGAUGUGAAGCAGCAGGUCAGAUCCAAGCAGAAGAGUGAAGUGAGUCGAGUCAAAGAGCUUCAGGAGAAGCUGGAGCAGGAGAUCUCUGAGCUGAAGAGGAGAGAAUCUGAGCUGCAGAAGCUCUCAUCCACAGAGGAUCACAGCCAGUUUCUGCACAGCUACCCCUCACUGUCAGCCCUCAGUGAACCUACACACACAUCCAGCAUCAACGUCCGUCCUCUGCGCUACUUUGAGGACGUGACAGCGGCCGUGUCAGAAGUCGGAGAUGAACUACAGGACGUCCUGAAGAAGAUGUUGACAAACAUUUCACUGAUGGUGAGUGAAGUGGAAGUUCUGGAUGACGCUGAAUUCUUAGAGCAUUCACUUGAUGAAUCAUCUGAGGGAAACAGAAAACCAAAACUCACAAGUUACCAUGAGUCAUAUUCAAUGCACGUUGACGGAACCAUUUCCUAUAGUCGUGGCUCUGUUGUGAUGAAAACUUUCUGAAGCAAUGGAGGCAAAACUCAGAGGCAAGGGGAGAGCUGGAAGUGGAUGGAAAACAGUGAAGGUUUAUUAUGAAGUUAAGGGCCGCAGAAUUGACAAGACAUUUGCUGCAGCCACGUGUUGGCACAGUGGUUGCCCGACCAAUUCUGAGGAUCUGUUUUGCAGUCAGAGGUUUUAACCACUUCAGAUGGUGUAUAAUCAACAUUCUACAUCAGCGAGACUAAACAAAUAUGGAUCCUAAAUCUAUGUCGCACAUGGGAAAAGAAUGUACGCCAGGAAACCUACGUUCCUGAUAAGAAGGGCUUCUAGACGUCCCUGAACAAUAAACUAUCUCAGGUCAGCUUGUGCUCGGUCAUAAACUGGCAUCAAUAAAGCUCCCAAGCUACCCCUCCUUAAGGGAGAUUACAGCAACCACAAGGCCAAGAACUAUGCCAAGGGACUACAGACAGAGGAAGGAGAAAAUGAUGAACUGUGUCAAAGGUUAAACACCUGAGCAAAAUAUUCCCUAACAUCUAUCAAAGUUAUACCUUUUGGUACAACAACAUCGAAACUCCCAUCUCAGGUCUUCAGUCCUCCAGAGUUGAAGCAUAUCUGGAUCACGAUGCAGGUAUUCUGUCCUUCUACAGCGUCUCUGAAACCAUGACUCUCCUCCGCAGAGUCCAGACUCAUCCGUGCUUCAUGCUGGAGUUAGGUUUUAUCAUGUUGCUAGUAUGCUCAUUUUUAUGUUCAUAUCAGUAUGUAGUGUCUCUCCUGGGACAUG